AUUGAACGUGGUAACCAGAGAGAAAAGGAUCGUGAAAGAGCUCAGAUUCGCGGCAAGAAGGGUGCCAAGAAAGAUGAUGGCUUGACCCCUGAGCAGCGCCGUGAAAGGGACGCCAAGGCACUGCAAGAGAAGAUGGCUAAGAAGAACUCUUCUGAAGCCCAAACUAGUACUGCUGCUGCUACCAGCAACAAGAAAUGAUUUCAAUUUUCACUGCUAAUGUCCUUUAUCUAAUCACUUGAUGGCAUGGAUAACUUCCAACAUCCCAUCUGCCCAUCUUUAUUCUUCAACUUUAUGCUUCAUAUGCCAUUGCUGAUUGCUGAUUGCUGAUUGGGAUUCUUUGUCUUUAUAUUACUUUGCUAUUUCACCAUCUUAUUACUUCUAAUUCUGCCUGCAUACCGCAUACUAGCCUCUUGCUUCGACAACAAUCGUUUCAAUUUUCUCUUUUUAUCAACAGAUGGGGAACUAGUGUAAUAGAUGCUUUCAAGGGUAGGGGAUUUAGGAAUGCACUCGAAUGGAAUGGAUGUAUACUUCCUUUUUCUUCCUGAGGGUUACUGUGAAUCUAGGACAUGGGAGCAUAUUUUCAGCAACAUAUGAGGAUCACUUUGAUUUUAUUACUCCCUUGUUUAUAUCUUUCACCCACCAGCCUAGCACAUGUAACUAGUUUAUGUGCUCCUACCCCUGAUCUUCAUUCCUAAAUACACAUUAUAUUUGGAGGGUCCUUGAGAUUUUUACUUAGUCUGGAUUCUAAUUUGGCUGUUAGGUGAGUAGCAUAUUUACCUGUUAUGCUAUUUUUUAAAUGCUCUGUGGUAAGAUUGUAAGAGUAGAGGUUCAUGGCCCAGUAGCCGACUAAUGUCAAGCUCAGCAACAUAUGAACAAUAGUAGCCAAUCUAUCAACAAGUGCAGAAUUUAUUGCCUGCUGAGAAUGUAAAUGGUGCAUCGACUUCAUAUGGACAAAAGGAACUGCUAACUGAUGUGAUUCAGAAAGCUAACCUUAGUACAAGAGGCCUACAGUCCUAAUUGAUGAGAUUAUAGGCUGAGUAAGAUAUGCAUGCCUUGCAACUCAGCGAAACCUUCAUCUCGAUCAUAAAGUAUAGGAUUUAGUGACCAGUAAUAGAUAAGUUGAGUUAAAAAGGAACAGAAAUGCAGUAAGCAGCAGGGGACGGACUCAAUGGGAUGUCAAGGAGCCUGUGGCGUUGGCCUAAUCACUCUUCAUGGCACAAUUGACCCUUUACCCUUGCCACCGUUAUAUGUAUAUUAGUGACACACCUUUUCUUUCGUAGUUAUAAUUUGUGUAGGUGGUGAGGUUUUGGGAUUUGGUUUUGAACUUUGGCAUGCAUAUUAUGUGUUAUAACACUUUUCAUAAAGUUCCUAUGGUCGUGUACCAGGUAUAAUGUUCCCCUGGUUGGGCCUUGUGCCACAAAACUCUGGGUAUGCUUGAUCGACAAAGAGUUUUAUAGCAUGCAGCCUGACAUAAGGAACAAAAUUCUGUGGAUUUUUUUUUGCGGGAUAAUAAUUUCCUUUUUUUAUUCUUUUGGAAGUUGCGCAGGAUAGAGGUGCAGACUGCAGAGGUCUUGAGUAGCACUCUUAAGAGUUCAUCAACUAGUUUAUUGAUGAAAUAAAUUUGCCUUAGAAAUAAAGGAUGCUCGGUGUUAGAAAUUAGAAUGCUAUAUCUCAGGUAGCAACGUUCAAUAGUUAAAACAUUUUACUGUACGUUUUCAGCAAAAUUCUACGGAACAGAUGAGUAAAUGUUUCUCUGCAGUGACAAAAUCAUGUCUUCUAAGUCUUAAUGCAUGCAGGGAAAGAAAUGUUCAGAUACAUUAUUGGCUUUCUGUAUUGCUGAUUUGUUUUUAGGUGGAUUGCAGUUGGUUGUCGGUCUCACACGAUUAGGUUUUCCCUUUAUCUAUCUCAUUUAUCAUUAAAAGCUUGAGCUCCCAUUAGAAUGACACUAGUAACCUAGUUCUCGAGGUUUUUGUUCUCACCUAUGAUGGUUUAUGGUGAGUAAAGUAGAUGCUUAUCCGCACUUAAGCUUAUGAGGCUCUUAGGGGACAUAUUUGUGUUCCUUUACCUCAAGAUUUUCCUUGACUAUAUUAUGUAGUAGCUAGAGAAAGCCUGAGUCAUGAUCCGUUUGAGUCCAAAAUGGACUCUUUUCACUUCUGAUAAUACUAUAUAAAAUUAUUAAUUCCCUAUGGAACUAUAGAACUUUCUUAACGGUACUAGUGUAUGUACCGAUGAACUCUUGCGGUACCUUUAGAACAUUUUUUUAGUACUAUUAUGUAUAAAACCUUCCGAUGGUAGUUUAUGAAUUCAAAGAUGGUACUAUAAUACCUUCUAAAUAAGUAAAUAUUACAAUGAGGAUGCUUUCUUAGUAUCAGUCUGCAUGGAAAUUUCUCUUGUACCCUGUUAGAGUCCAAAAUGGACUCUAGGUGAUAGGGGAUAUCAGCGCUUGCAAUAGCUAUGUGACACUUUUAUUGUUUCCCUACUCUGUUCAUUGUCUAUCUUCCAGUUUUGGAACUCUUUUUCAUAAUUUUGAAACUAAUCAUAAUAAGUUAUCAAAGUCGUGUGAGGUCCCAAAGGGAGUUGGUAACUACAAAAACUAUUUCUCAACCAGGUAUAGAUGUUUGCAUAACGGCAUAUGUAGUAUGAAAAAAGUCCAAGUAUCUUAGAACUUGUGCAUUGCACGGGUUAAAAAGCUAGUUACUAGAUGAGACAUUUCCCUUUUAAUUUAAAACUCUUUUAUUGUCUUCUUAUCUAGUUACACCUCAGUUGAGUACUCCUAGUCUUAGAUAUGUGAUUGGUAGAUUGAAAUCUAAAGCAGGAAGAACAUGAGUUUGGCCUUUUGAACUCUCUUGAGAGGGCGUAUGGCGGAAAUGGUAUGCAUUUGUUCACCUCUGCAAGUGUUGUUUGAAAUGGAAGAAGUUUGAAGAAUUAAUCUUGUGAAUUGUCUCCAAAGAAGCACAGCUAUUUAAACCUUAGCUUUAGGAACUUGAAAGCUGACUCUUGUUCCACUCAUCUUUAUUGGUUGCUAAUUGGAAUUUAUCUACAUUAGUCAAUGACAUACAACAACUGUGUAAGUUGUCACCCGGCCCCUAGUGGAGCUUGGUUAUUUUAUGAAGUAUAUUGUUUGGUAGGAAGGACUUGUUUGUCAGUUUGGAGGCGUGAUAUUUGAUAUAUGUAAAUAAUGUUAUCUUGUUAAAGCACAUGGGGUACAAACUACAAACUUACAGGGGAAUGAAUAUGGCCAUUUUACAUUAUAGUAGUAAUUGGCAACUGUUGUAAAGUUCAACAGCAGUUACAUGACACUAUGACAGGGGAAGGGUUUUUUUUAUAAAAAAAAAAAAAAAAGAAUUAUAGUAGUUGGAUGAGUGACAUGAGUCAUGAAUUAAUAUGUCUAUGCUUAAGGUUGCUCCUUAUGCUUGCCCUUAAUUUGUUUAUGUUGACAUCAUUAGGGCUAAGUAUGAUCUGUGCCAUUUGUCAGGAGCUGCUUGUGUUGUUCAUCUCUGAAAACCACUGCUUCCGUUCUUGUGGAUUCUUGUAUUUCUUUCUUUUGCUCUUUCCUAAUAGUAGUAUGUAGAUACAUACGUUUUGGGGGGUUUGGACUUUGGAGUUGUCUGUUAAAUGGUGCCUAGGAAUAUCUUGACAAGUUGAAAUUAAAUAUAGCGACUUUUUUCAUUUUUGGGCAGAAAUAUACGUUGAUAUUCAAGCUUAGUUUUAUCUUAUCAGCAGGAUAUAAAUGAAGAAAGAAUAGUGAGGUUUAUAUUAAUGUGCUUAGUAAGCAUAUUUGAAGGUCAGAAUUCGCUAUGAUGCUUAUAAAUUAUAAUCUUGUAAUUCUUGUCUUUCAUUUAAAUAGGGAUUGAUUAUUGCAGUGCAUGGUAGGUUAUUAGUAAUUAUAGCAAGUUGCUCCGAUUUGGUAGACAUAAGAAUAUGAGGCGAUGGGGGCAGGUACAAGUACAACUGCGUUUACAUAAAUUAGGACUGGUCUGUUUUACAAAUUUACGUAGACAUGAAACGUUAGAAGCGUGAUGGUGUUGUUUGUUUUCUACAUAUAUAAUAUGACAGGGCCAAACUUGGUGAUUAGCUGCAAUUUCUGUCAGUUUGAUGUAUGUGUAAUUAAGGAUGUUGACCACAGUGAUCCCAAUCUUGUUUUGCGGGGAAAAAGAAGGGUGAUGUUGGAAUAGCCAAUAUUAAAGAGAUGGUAGUUGGUGAAGAAACUUAACUAUACGUUUAUAUCUACCUCACUUCUUAGAGGAGAAAAGGCCAAUGCCCUAUGGGGUAUCUCUGUUCAGUAUAAGUAGAAAUGCGGAGUGUUGAGUCUGGAAUACCCAUGUCAGAGCUAUUAUGAAUGGUGAAACGGGUAUUUCUGACUGCUUCCGGGUUAAACUUAAAAGAGUACUACUCACUUAGGUUGGAAGUGAUUAAAGCAAUGAUUGAAGUAAUACUUAAAGGUCUGUUUGGUUUGACGGAAACUAAUUUCCAUGGAAAAACGCAAAUGAAUAUUCAUUUUUCCAUGUUUGGUUUGAUGGAAAACUAUUAAGUCAAGAAGGGAAAAAUGAAGGUGUUGGGAAUGAGAGAAUGGAGGAAAAUGGUUUUUAUGAUUUAGGUCUAUCUAAUCCUUAGAUCAGACAAGGUUAAAUGUAAAAUCACUCAAAUCUUGUUCUGAAGGGCUACAUAAUAGCAUUGCUGAUCUUAUCUCUGACAACUCGACUUUCUUCACACUCAUUCACAUGGUUAAAGGGAGGGACUAGCUUGCAAAUAUAGGAACGAUAAAGCUACUAGCUCUACCAUUAUGGAGCUACAAACAGUUGUGGGUUGUUAACCUUGUAGGUGAACAUAGCUACAUGGUUUCAAACCAAUAAUCUAGACAUGUUUUUAUUAUUAUUAUUAUUGUUUGGGCACAUUUUCUCGAGUAGGACCUACAAAAGCUACAAGUGGUUAUAACUUUCCAUUGUAGAGGUUAUAGCUUGAGAUUAUUGUAGUUUGGGAAAUUUGAUGUGAUAUAGCAAGCUACAAGUGGUUGUGGUUUACCAUUGUGGAUGCUCUAAUUCCAUUUUUAUGGGAAAGAAGUAUCAUCCGCCCCCUUAGAGCCAUUGAAGGAGUGUGUACAUUAUAGGCAAUACUCUCAAUGUCACGGACUAUUAGUGAAUGUUUCUCUACUUUGCAUCAUGAAUCCUUUCUUCAAUUACAUGAUUACUUUCAAAAGAUCGUUGUUAAAAUUUAUAAGGGGCCAUUUGGUAUCACAGUUAAUUUCCAGUAUUGACAUUAUGAAUGUAAAAGUCAUAUGGUAGAAGGCGUAUAAUAAACUUUAAAUUAGUAAUACUAUACGUGCCGAUUUAAAAAACUAACAAUAGAACACUAGAAACUACUUUUGCUGGUUUUUAUAUUUUUGUUUUUGCUUUUUUAUUUUAAAAGAAAAACUCAAAACUGGAACUAAAAAACAAUAACGAACAAACUUUUAAUUAGUUGAGCAAAUGGACAAGUUAUUUGGCCGAAGGAAUAAGAGAUUAUUUAUUAGCCAACCUAGCUAGCAAAAGAAAGAAACCUUCCUAUCCACUAAGAAACACGAUGCAUAACUAACUGUUUUCGAUUAGUAUUAUUUAGAAAUAGGAACAUAAGCUUUUGGUUAAAUACUACUCCCACACUUCCCCUAGCAUAUAUAGAGUGUGAUAUAGUAAUAAUAGUAUAUUCUUAUUGAAUGUGAUAUAGUAUAUUUGUGAACGUUUUAUGCCCAAAUGAUAUCAGUGCUGAUACAUGAGUUGAGAAUUUCCCUAGUAACGAUGAACGAUCCGGAACAACCUAGCUUUAAUUUGUUGGACAAGUUAGUCAGGGCUAUCUGCUGAUUUUGAGCUUUUCUCAUAUAAGAACAAUGGAUAGAUUGGUAAAUGUGUUCCUUGUUUGUCUGACUAACAGAAACUAUGGAUACUUGUUGUUUUAACCAUGCUUAUUGCUCUGAUGUUUUGAGGUGACGAAGCUCAAACCAGUACACAGGAAUUUUAAAAUUAUGUCCUUACGUGUCUGAAGUCUUGACCAACUAUUAAAACAGUGGGAAGAAGUGAUUAUAUUAUACUAUCUGAUUAAACUUUUAGAAUUUUUGUGGCAUUGCAUGCACCAUGUGCAACGUAUUAUUUAAAUACAACAGCAACCAAGUACAGCAUUUGAGGUAGACUUACUUGGGAAUUUGGUUAGAAUUGCUCUCAUAACCCUGUAAUUCUUAAAUGAGAAUCUUGUAUUGUUAUUCUUUUAUCUGUCCUGUACUCAUCUAUUCACACUUUGUUAAUUUACAAACAAGACUACUGCAUCUGCAUGCACACUAUUACAUUUACUCGUGUAGUGUUGGAGUUGUGUUUACUUUCUUGAUAAUUUGGAUUAGUACUGUACUUUUACAGAGCUGGAGAAUGAAGGUGAGUAGGAUGUGUGUAAGGACAGAACACAGAAGGAUUGGUGGUUGAUAAAGAUAAUAUUUUUACAGUUUACUAGCUUAGAGAUCGAUAUGUUUUAUAGAGAAAAAUGAAGUUUGUGGCUGAGAGUGUUGGCUUAGUAUUUACUGCAAACUGAAGGUGUGUGUAUGCUAGCACAUUCCAAUCAUUAUGGAAUUGGGACCAAAUUAGGAAACAUCGUGGGUUUAAAAUUAAGCUACUUUUUUCUACCUUUAAUUUGUUAUUCUAACUUAUCUUGCUUUGCGGGCGCCAGAUUGCAUUGUCUCACCACCCAUCUGAAUUCUGAAGAGACAGACUGCCAGAAGGACAGGCUAUUACCAUUUAAUUAAUUAACACAUACAGUACAUAUAUAACAUAAUUGAUGUCUUAAUUGAGGCUAUUAAGGGUAAGCACUUAUUUAAUUAUUGGCAUCUGCAAAAGUUGGUGAUGAUAAUGGUCAUGCUUGUAGAGCAAAAUUCGUUUAUUUCCAUUUUUAAUAUAAUCAGUCCAAAGUUAAUCAUAGUUUUGAGUGAUAAUGUUAACAAUUCCCUUUGUUUUGCUUCCUAAUACAUUGAUAAGUAGUGAUUACUUAUAAAAUUAUGGUUUGCUGUUUUCAUUAGUAGGACUUGCUAUUUUUAUAUGAUACUUUUAGCUGUUGUUAUGCUUAUGCAGGAGCGAAGUAUUAUAAUCUAUAUAUUUUGACCGGCAAGUAUGGUAUUGGUGCCUGGUGGGGAAGAAGAAUAGAAAAAAGAAAAAAGAAAAAAGAAGCUUUGGAAGGUUUAGGUAAAUGAAUGGACUUUUUGGAUACUUGAUUAUGUUGUAUUGAAGAAGUAAAAGCUCUGGGAUUGAUGAUCUAAGAGCUAAUAAAACAGUAGCAGCAUAAGUAUGUAAUUGAUAAAAGCAAAAUAAAGUGGAAAAACUCAACUCACAUCACAUGAUGGCUAAAUAUAGGAGCAGAGCAGCAAAAGGGAAAAAUAAAUAAAAUACGUUUUGGCAUGAAUGUAAAGGUAAAGCUAAAGCUAUGGGGUUUUGAGGUUGUUAGAGUCGCUUUCGAGAAAGAAUAUGCAGCCAUCAGCUUAACAUGUAUGCCAAAUAGGAAUUGAGUUGUCACCUCCUUAUUGGUCCUAGAUGGGGACAUCGAAUAUGGCUGGCACGACUUCGUCCAAUACUACUACAUUCAUUCAAGAAUCAAGAUUGAUCAACUUUUUCGCUCUUCCUCUUUUUCUUUAUUUUUUUUUUUACAACAUUCUUAGAUCUGCCUCAUAUAUAAACAAUAAACCUUCCCCUCUGUCAUUUUAAUUUGUGUACAAAAAGUUAGGUUCUUUGAAUAUUUAUUAUUGUUCUCAACUGAUUCUUGUCUUAUGAGUAGUGCUUUUAGCAUUUCUUUUUGAGUAAUAUAUAGUUGCCCAUUCUUGCCUUGCUUUCCUAUAUUCCUUGUUUUUAUUCCUUGUCUGUCUAAGAAUUUAAUUUGUCUGAACAGAACAGCCCCCCUCUCCCCACCUAUCUGAACCCUUAGCUUCUUAUACUUGCUUGGUGCAUGGAGGAUCAGUCUUUGGAGUUGCAGAGCUUCAUGCACAGAAACAUUAACAUGCCACCUCCUUUUCCAAAACAAGAUCCCAAUAAUGAGUCGUCUGAUGAAAGGAGAAUCGAAUUCAGAUCUUUGCCCUUCUUUUCAGACGAUAGAGGACUAUGUUCUUCGUCAAGUUCUGAAUUCAUGUCUAAACAAUUUAUGAUCCCAGAACAUAAUACGAAUACUACUGCUACUACCCAGUUAGGCUCUACUACUUCUGCCCUUGAUUUUACAUUUUCGAGAGCUUCCUCUUUCGUCAAUUUCUUCAAGUCUUCUGCACUUGUUGCAGAUCACUCUAGGCUGCCUCCAACAUCAUCUAAUUCUGCUGCUUCAUUCCAUACAAACAUGUCUGACCUAACCUUUUUUUCAAAGGAGUCUAUGCUCAUUGAUUCUUCACACAGCAAUAACAAGGUUGGAAGGAGCUUCCAAGAUCUUGCUCCUUUAUCUGCUGAUCCAUUGCUGCAGUGUGGCCAAACUUCUCAACAUGUAUCAACUGGACAUGAUCAAUGGCUGAGAAUGAGCGCCGCAGAUUUCUCAUCAAAAGUUGUCACUACUGAUAUUAGGCUCAGUCCUACCAAGACACAGCCAAUGAAGAAGUCGACUGCAGCAGGAAAAAGGCUGCAGACCUUACUCCACCCUCAAAAGGCAGGAUCAUCCACAUCAACAUCAACGUCGGGGAAGUUGUAUCGGGGAGUACGGCAAAGGCACUGGGGAAAGUGGGUGGCUGAGAUCAGAUUACCAAGAAAUAGAACAAGGGUAUGGCUCGGGACCUUCGAUACAGCUGAGGAGGCUGCUUUUGCUUAUGAUACUGCAGCAUAUAUGCUGAGAGGAGAAUAUGCACAUCUGAAUUUCCCAGAUCAGAAACAUCUACUUAAGCUCAAUUCCUUAAAUGGAGCUACUGCAGCACUUCUCGAAGCGAAGCUGCAAGCAAUAUCCCAACAAGCUGGACUUAAGAAAUCUGGGGAUCAUGAUCUUCUUCCUGCGUCUUCCUUGCUAAUCAAUCACCUGCCUGAUUCUACUAAUAAUCCAACUAGAAGCAAAUCAUCGGGCCAAGUUUCAGUGAGGAAAGAGUGGCAAUUUGACUUGGAUGGUAGAGUCAUUGGAACAUCUCAGAUAAUUGAGACUAACAAGAGAAGCCAUGAAGCUUCGUCAGACCAUACUCUUGAUGCUGUCCAGUUAAGUAGAAUGCCAUCCUUAGACAUGGAUUCCAUCUGGGAUGCUCUUCUGCUUUCUGAUACUACAUGAAUACUACUAAUUCUAAUUGUUUUGUUGUUUUGGUGGUCUUUUCCUCUUUUAAUUUCUUGAUGGUUCAUCUUUGAUAUAUAUCCCAUAUAAACUUGGAUUUUUAGCAUAGUACAAUUCAAAAACUCUACCCAUUGGUUGGGUAUUUCUUGAUCAAAAUUCCACCAUUAUUUUUUAGAAUUGAGGAUCAUUUUGGUGA